AUGGUUGUAAGAGCAUCUCCAUCAAGCGGUCACGUCAAGGCCGGGGCACGUCUUCCUUCUGAAGACUAUAGCCCAUUCGAGACACCUGAACCCGAUGUAAUUUUCACAGGACCUAUUCCCCAAUACUGGGCCAUGGUAUACUUAGACAGGUCGGGAAAUGUUAGAGAGGCAUCUAACCUUCGUACGACCGUCUUUAGUGCCCAGGCAAAGGAAGAAUUUCUAGCUGCAAAGAAUAACUUUGUUCUGCAGAAUCAGCAGAAUUCUCUGCUUUCUCCGCAUACUGCCUACAGUCCGCGCCCUAGCUCUAGUCCUAGGGGACACUCCAGGCGUGCAGGCCAACCGAAGAGACGGCGAACUGCAUUUCGCGCAGAGCCUCUUGCCGUUUCCUACAUAGACUCCGAUAACGAGGAAGAUGCCAUGAUAACCCUUAAGAUCGGUGACAGACAAAAAGUGACUGCAUACUAUGAGAGUGCCUUCAGGCGAUUGCAGCAACUCAACUGCCGUAUGCUGGCCAAGAACUUCAUUAAACUCAUUGAGCCUCGCAAGCAGGUCAAACAUCCUUACAAUGGCGGGAAGCCACGCGCAGGUGCUCCUCCUGGUGAGAAAGGAGAUCCCGAAAAAACCAAACCUGACUGGUGGCCUCGUGAUGUUAUACACAGAGAGCCUGACCACCUUAAGAAAGAUUAUAUAACAGUCCGACUAAAGCUUCUCGUCCAUAUCGUCCAAUGCCUUCUACCUAUGGGAAUUACCGCAGACAAACUUCAGGAGACUGCGAACGACGUCAGACGACAUAUCAAGCCUCCUGAGAGAGCCACGAUCCUAGACGAAGUGUUCCGAGUCCGAAGACUCGAAGAGCGGUAUGAGAGGGAUGAAGUUGAUGAAACCGCCCGUAUCUCUGUCACGGAUCAUGAAGGAGCCAAAAGAAGAGAGCCAGAAUCUGAUGAUGAACAAGUGUCCGGUGUACUCACUCCACCUGAAUCUUCUGAUGAGCCUCUGCCUGACGACCCGCAAAGUCCUAGCGAAAUGGCUGCUGGUAUGCCCCAACAUGGCCUGCAACUGGACAACACAGCACCCGGUUAUCAAAUGGCCCCUGACCUGAGCUUCACGAGCCAGGGACAACCAACGCCAGACUUUCGAUCGUCACAGCCCGAGAUGAUCCGCCGAAGCUUAUCUACUACGCAUAUAACCGGAGCAAUCCUCACCCCCACCCACAAUCAGUUCAUGGAUCAUUCACAGUUCACAACUUCCACCCCAGCUGAGCAAAUGCAGGCCAUCAGCCAAACCUCAGCUCACGCACAAGCAGAAGCAUCGAUAUCUUUUGCUGAUUGGUCUCCCGCUUUUCAACAAAACAUGUUUUCACCUGUCGACUUUCAUGGGGCUAGCCGUCAAGUGACAUCUCAGAUUGCUUAUCCGGCAUACACGACAUACCCUUCGCCUCAUGCCCAAGAAAUGUCGCCUACGUACACAGCCGGACCUUACACGACCUAG